AUGGCGCCUACGAAUGGAACUUUGGCCUCACAGCGCAAUAAUAUUCACACGUUGACCUCGCUGAAGCGAUGGUCAGUCGCGACAAGAGACCUCCCAGCCGUAUCGCAAAUCAAGACCAUCCAUGUCUAUGACUUUGAUAAUACAUUGUUCCUGAGUCCUCUGCCAAACCCGCAAUUGUGGAACAACUCCACUAUCGGCUUUCUGCAGGGCUGGGAAAGCUUUGCAAAUGGCGGCUGGUGGCAUGACCCCAAUAUCCUCUCUGCCACUGGCAAGGGCCUAGAGCUAGAGGAGCCAAGGGGAUGGCAUGGGUGGUGGUACGAGAGUAUUCUGAGUCUAGUUCGCAUGAGCAUGGACCAAAAAGAUGCCUUGACCGUCCUACUGACCGGACGGGGCGAAGCCAACUUUGCGCCCUUAAUCAAGCGGAUGGCUGCAAGUCAGAAGCUUGAAUUCGAUCUUAUCGGCUUGAAACCGGAGGUUGGACCAAACGGCCAACAAUUUCCUUCCACCAUGGUUUUCAAGCAAAAUUUCCUUGAGGACCUCAUGUGCACUUACAACCAGGCUGAAGAGAUUCGGAUUUACGAAGACCGUCCCAAGCAUGUGAAAGGGUUCCGCGAAUUUUUCAAUGGUUUCAACCGCAGUCUACAAGCUGGAAACGGCCAAGCACCGCGCCAGCCGUUUGCUUAUGAGGUGAUUGCAGUGACUGAGGGUUGCACCUACUUGGAUCCUGUUAUUGAGACGGCAGAAGUCCAGCGUAUGAUCAACUCUCACAAUUUGGCUCGUCGCGAUCCAUCUCUAGCGAAGAUCGGCUCUCGAUCCUCUAACUUACGCAUCAAACGCUCGAUUUUCUACACGGGCUACCUCAUCUCACAGCAGGACUCGCAGCGCAUCAUUGACGAAUUAUUAGUUCCGAUGCUCCACCAACAGGGACUAGCCGAGUCAAACGACGUAAAGUACAUGGCUAAUAGUAUUCUCAUCUCACCACGUCCUGCAACUCCUGCCAUUCUGAACCGAGUUGGAGGGAAAGGAAAGAAAGUAACUUGGCAGGUGACUGGACUAGGCUCAUUAGAUCAGAAGGUCUGGGCUGCUCGAGUAGAACCUGUUCCGUCCACCGAAAAGGUUCAUGCGGAAAACUCACCUCCCUCUGUUGUGCUGGCUUGUCGCAGGGGCACUCGUCCGGCUGAUGCCAACAAAAUUCACAAUUGGCAGAACGUUCCUGCCGGAAAGGCAUUGACGUUUGACACAGUGGUGGGAGAAAAAGUCGUGUUGCGGGUUGAAGAAGAAACCUCUCAUGACGGAGACUGGGAUGGUCAGCAGGCCCACAGAGGCAGCAAGCGGCGACACCAGCAAGAACGAGAUGAAGAGGUGCUGUAUCCUCACCAACAGGGUCACGCAGGUGGCUAUGAAGCAGUCGGCCAAGGCUCAGCGCAGGGAUUCCAUCCCUAUCAACGUCCCCACGAUGACACACCGCGGCGAGGUGCAUACCGAGGCCGAGGUCGUGGCUCUGGCCGUGGUCGUGGAUCGGGUCGUGGAGCUCGUGGGCGUGGGCGUGGUGGACGAGAUGGCCCAUCAAACCCGUAUUACAAGUCACUGGACGACCAAGGGGCUGGUGGGUAUGAUGGUCCCUACGAGAAGAAUGGCAAUGGAGGCGGAGGCUUCUCGAUGGACUAUUAA